GUGUUAAAAUUGUGUUGAAUUUAAGUAUGUCUGGAAAAUCUCUUCACAUAGCGCCGUACCAUAGUUACGGUAUUUCUUCUUCAGCGAUCGGCGGAGUGAAUUCCAACGGAUCUGAAAAUAUGACCAAUGUUACGGAAAUUGAAUCUUUGUUCACAGUUGACUUCACCUCCCCUCUUCCACCAACAUUUCAGGACAGUUUAGUCAAAACAGUAGUACUUGUCGUUCUCUUUACAAUUUCAUUAAUAGGAAAUACAGCGACUUUGAUUCAAAUGUAUCGUGUUCGCAAACGGCGUUCCACGAUAAACACCCUUAUCGUGAAUCUGGCAAUUUCGGACCUCAUUGUUACUUUCUUUUGUAUGGCAGCGGAAGCUAUAUGGGCACUUACUGUCCAAUGGGUGGCAGGCGUAGCCAUGUGCAAGAUGCUGCGCUUUAUUCAAGGGACGGGACUUUUAGUGUCCACAUACAUAACCGUUGUGAUUAGUCUAGAUAGAUGCUGUGUUAUUACUGAUCCAAUUAGCCGGAACAAAGCUCCACAGAGGGUUAAAAUAAUGAUCAUCAUGUCGUGGUUCCUCAGUGCCUUAUUUAGCGUACCCCAGGCUUUGCUGUUUAGCGUUCACAGAGGCCCUUUUAAAGAAGACUUUUACCAGUGUGUAGACAUUCUGGGGUAUCCCAGUCCAGCCUACAAGAAACUCUACAACAUCUUCUGUAUGCUCAUCCAGUUUUUUCUGCCUCUGACUUUAAUGAUAAUAGCCUACGGUCUUAUCCUCUUCACAAUUUCCCGAAAGUCCAAAGAGUUUGGAGAACCUGAAAAUGUUUCUAAUUCUUCGGACCAACGAGAACACAGCGGAAGGAGCCAUGUGCGCAGUGGUCUUUUGCGCAAAGCUAAACGGAAAGCACUACGCAUGUCCAUUUUUAUUGUCAUCGCGUUUUUCAUUUGUUGGUUGCCAUACUAUGUAGUUUUCACCGGAUUUGCAUUUGGACACUGGACUACACUGAAUCCUUCCGUCAUGAGCGGAUUGACGUUUGUGGGACUUACGAACUCUAUUUUGAACCCCAUAAUCUACGGUGCAUUCCAACUUUGCAAGGUGCCUAGUAAUCCAAGGUCCUGGAAAAAAGAAAACGUACCAGGUAUUAUCAGUAGAGCCCCCUGUAUACGGCGGCACCCAAAAGACGUGUACCACCGCCGUCUGAGUACCAGAUCUACCAAGAGGACAUCGUUCCGAUCACGAUGAACGGUCCUUACUUCGGUCCGCGUCAGCUCCAAUGAAACAUUGGUCCCUGGGCCACAACACUCGCAUGUCUUGCUUUUUCCAAGAAAUUGACUCUCGCUGAGAAAUGAGUUGAACAAGAUUAAAAAUAUUAUAUACACUGCAGUGUAUCACUGAAACAUUUGACUUAUUUCUGUAUUCCACCCUGUCUUUGGAAAACAAACUUAAAGAAACUUAAUUUUAAAAUUAUAAUGCUACCUGACUAUUAAAUUUAAAAAAA